AUGACAUCAUUGGGGGAAUUAUUGAAACAGCGGAGUUGCUUAACAAAUCGGGCAUCUGAUAUAAGGCUUAUUCUUUAUAAAAGUUGUAAAAAACAAGAAGGUGACGAUUUGCCAUUCGAAGUUGAUGAGCUAUAUGAACAGUAUGAAUUUCUACAGACGCGAAUAAUGGAACUUUCUGCUCAGAUCCAAGCAGCAAAUAUAGAGUUAGAAUUUGAUGGCAAAACAAUGAUGGAACAUAUCAUUGAGAAGGAUAUACUUAAGCAACACGGAGAUUUCCUAAGAGACAUCAUUCGUGAGAGUUUUCCGUCUACACACACAAAGGAGAUCAGGGAUGUCCCAACUGUUGAUGGAAAACACUAUUACGACAAAUAUAUAACAAUUUCAGAUAGAUUAAACGAAGUGGAGUUGAAAAUACAGGAACAUAAUUGGAGGGACCAAGUAUAG